AUGAAGACUAACAUUCGUAAAAGUGCUAGUUUCCAAUUAUAUCGUUCUACGGCUUCGAGUUGUAGCGAAACGUCCAAUUUGUCCAGCUCUUCUGAUAACUCAGACACUCCAUUAAAAAGAUUUAACCGCCUCGUGCGGAGUUCGGUCGCGCGACACUGGGCCUACUUCAGAAGGACCAGAUCGAAGAAGUGGACCCGUGGGCGAUCCGUGUCCGACGCCGGCCUGUCUUCCAUCGUCGAUCGUGAUUCUAAUUAUUUGGGGAUCGAAGCGGGUAAACAUCAUUCCUGGUUGGCGUUAGAUGGAUCCUGUCCUUACACUGUACCUUCUCUAUACGUGACUCGCUUCAAGAGAAUAUUUAGAUCGGCUGGUGGCGGCAGCGCUCCCGGGCUCGAGGAAGCCAGCGACAGCGACGCGGAGCGCCCCCGCCGGCACCACUUGCGCGUGCCUACACCUCACUACUCGGGACAG